UAUGGCUUAUACUCUGGUGAUUUCAUUAUUGGUUGAGUAGCUUCUACUAACGUAAAUAAAAGUAUUUAAAAAUUGCAAACAAUUGAGAUGGCGGAGGACUUGUAUCCCGAUUUGGAGAGAAUGUGCCGGUUGUGCCUACGCGUCAUUGAUGAGGCAGAUCUUGUUGACAUUUUCCCUCAAAGUGAACGCUGCUCUGGUAACGGCAACGCGGCUAUGCAGCUGUCCAUCCCAAUGCGUAUCAUGGCGUGUGCUGCAUUGGAAGUCCAAGCCGGCGAUGGGCUUCCCAAAUCGAUAUGCACCGAAUGCCGCUUUCAAUUAGAAAAGUCAUAUUACUUUCGCAAGCGUAAUCAGAAAUCCGACAGUAAAUUGCGCAAGCAUAUACGGCUGCUAAAUUUGGGAAAGCAAAGUAGGGUAUUUGUAAAGACGGAAGACGAUGAUUUUGAAGACGAACUCGAAUUUGAGGACUCGAUCAAAUUUAUACAAAAGAGAGAAGAAGAAAAGCAAGCAGAAGAACAAGCACUGUGGGACGAGAAGUUGCGAAAAGACCUCGAUCACAAAAUAUCACUUGCCAAAGCAGAAUGGACUGAACAAUGUAAGGAAGAGCUCAAGGAGGUGGUAGCAAAAGAAAUACGCUGCACAGUUGUUGCCGAAGUAAGGCAAGAAUUACGUGUUGAAAUGGAGCAGGAAAUCAGAGCUACUUUACGCGAGGAAUGUUUGGAACAGGCAAAGGAGGAACUCCGUGCGGAAGUCAUGGAGGAGUGCCGCGAGCGUGAACGUAAUGCGCUGUUCGACGAUCUACAAUCCUUUUUGAACCAAAAAAGGGAUGAGAGUACAACACAGAAAGGAAGCACUGAUUUUGUGCCUGUUGUAGCAGAAAAUUUAAUUAAAAACAAAGGAGAUACACAAAAUGUUGCGGAUGAACCAGUCCAAAGGGCUGCUAAACGUAAAGUUAUUAUUGACAAUGACGAGACUUGUGUCGAAGCGGAAGCCGAUGUGGACGACGAGGAAGAAGAGUCUGAGUUCUAUCUCAUAGAAUCCAUUAAUAGUCACGAAGAUGACUGUUCAAUUGCAUCCGAAAAACCAACGAAACGACAAAAAAUUGACAAAAGUCAGCGUUUUGAAUAUUUUGAAGAUAGAACGGGAAGCGGAAAUUUUCGCUUAACAGCCUCGGAAAGCAGCAGCCAUGAACCGGGCGCGGAGUCAUAUCACAUUGCAGAUUCUGGCGAAGUUCAGUAUUACAAAAAGGUGUUAAAAAAUGAAAACGAUGAAGAGCAAGCAAUCGAAAACGACGGCGAACAUGAAGAGGAAAAUGUUAUAGUUUUAAACUUUGAAAACGGCAUAGAAGGCGAGCAAGUCGAGUCAAUGGAUUUCGCGGAUCUAAAGAAGUUAUAUAUCGUGAAGUCCUCAAAAGCCGAGCAAAGUUCUCCGGAUGAGAACAAAACAGCGGAGAAGCCACUCUUUACGAAGCAGGUAGUGGCCGACAAUGCUAAUGCGGUGGAUCUGGCCAACAGCAUAGAUUUUCCGUUGCACUUACGCAAAACUGACACACCCAAAACGUUCAAAUGCGACUCAUGCCCCAUGGUGUUCUCCACAAGCAAUGCCAUGAAUCGUCAUUUGCGUACCCAUCAGAAGAUGGAGCAGCGCGGCGUAUCCUAUCAGUGCUCUGUAUGCCUUGUUUACUUGUCCUGCAAAAGUGCGCUCAAUCGGCAUAUGAUCAUACAUACGGGCGAAAAGCCACAUGUGUGUGAGGAGUGCGGCAAGUCGUUUGUGCAACGCGAAGUACUAAAGCGCCAUAUGUUAACGCAUACCGGUGCCCGGCCGCACAAGUGUACCCACUGUCGACGUACAUUUACACAGCGCAACAAUCUGAUAAAUCACAUCAAUCGGGCGCACUCGGAAGUUCCAAUAGCGCAAUACUCUUGUCAUCUUUGCCCGAAACGCUUCAGUCAUACGUCAGGACUCAGUCGACAUCUGGUCACGCAUACCGGUCUGACGUUCCAGUGCACAGAAUGUAAGCGUAAAUUUGCAGAUCGCUCAUCGGUGAAGCGUCACAUCAUAAAUGUGCAUGGUGUGGGAAAAAAUGUGGCGGUGGAAAGUGUGAAGAAGACCGGAGUUGAGUAUUACUCUGUCGAUGGUGGCGAUACUGCAGAAACUGAAGAGGAAAACGGUGCAGAGUUUUUGGUAUGAUAGAAGGAUAUACGUACAUAUGUAUAUAUGUAUUUAAAAUUGGUGUUGAAACAAUAACAAAAAUAUUUGUUUAUUACUUUUUUCUAAACAUUUAUUGUUAUGUCUAUACGUAAGUCAGAACUAAGUGUGUAGCUUACUGGAGAUGAGGCCAGAGAUGUUGUACAAGUAGUAGCAUAAAAGUUAUUGAUAAUAAAUUAAUUUUAAUUACA